AUGGACGGGGGAGGCAAUGUCCGGGUCGUCGUCCGGGUCCGGGCGUUUCUGCCCAGAGACUAUGCAGAAAUUGAGCGCGGAGCCGAGUGCUUGGUAGAGAUGGACCCCAUCACUCAGCAGACGACGCUCCUUGUGCCGAACGACCAUGACCCAGCGAAUGCGAAAGCGAAGACCCGAAAGAUUAUCGAGGAGAAGUCGUUCACAUUCGAUAACUCCUUUUGGAGUCACGACAUCAACGACAAGUACUAUGCGCACCAGGAGGAAGUCUACAACAGUCUGGGCGAGGAGUUCCUCGACCACAACUUCGAGGGCUACCAUACAUGCAUCUUCGCCUACGGUCAGACGGGUUCCGGCAAGAGUUACACGAUGAUGGGCACGCCAGACCAGCCGGGCUUGAUUCCCCGAACGUGCGAGGAUCUCUUCGAACGGAUCGAGGCUGCGCAGAACGAGACGCCCAACAUCUCCUACAACGUCAGAGUCUCCUAUUUUGAGGUGUACAACGAGCACGUCCGCGAUCUGCUGGUUCCGGUUGUGCCAAACCAGCCGCCUUACUACCUCAAGAUCAGAGAGUCGCCGACAGAGGGACCGUACGUGAAGGACCUGACCGAGGUGCCAGUCCGGAAUCUCAACGAGAUCCUGCGGUACAUGACCAUGGGAGACCGAUCGAGGACCGUGGCCAGCACCCGGAUGAACGACACCAGCAGUCGCAGUCACGCAGUCUUCACCAUUAUGCUCAAGCAGAUCCAUCACGACAUGGAGACGGACGAGACGACGGAGCGCAGCUCGCGCAUUCGACUGGUCGAUCUGGCCGGCAGCGAGCGCGCCAAGGCGACUGAGGCAACGGGCCAGCGACUUCGUGAGGGUAGCAACAUCAACAAGUCGCUGACGACGCUUGGUCGAGUGAUAGGAGCGCUCGCCGAUGCGAAGCCGGGCUCGAGGAAGCGCAACAAGGACGUCGUCCCGUACCGAGACUCCAUUCUCACGUGGCUGUUGAAGGACUCGCUGGGAGGCAACAGCAAGACGGCCAUGAUCGCCUGCAUUGCGCCUUCGGAUUACGAGGAAACCUUGUCAACGCUCCGUUACGCAGACCAGGCCAAACGUAUCCGUACGCGCGCAAUCGUCAACCAGGACCAGAUCUCGUCUGCGGAGCGAGACGCUCAGAUUGCGGCCAUGGCGGAGGAGAUUCGCGCCCUCCAGCUGUCGGUAUCGGAGUCACGACGGCGGGAGAAGGACACCAAGGACCAGGAGGAGAAGCUGGAAGAAUACCAGAACCACGUUGCCACGAUGCAGCGCAUGAUGGAGGAGCGCAGCCUCGUCGCGGAGGGCAAGAUCCGCAGCCUGCAGACAGAGAACGAAGCGCUGCGACUGCACCUCAAGCUCGCGCUCGAGAGCAUCAAGAACCCGAUCCCAGCCGUCACGAUCAAGCCACCCCAGCCGGAGGAAGUAGAGGGCGAGACUCAGAAAGACAAACCGGCGGGGCCAAACGGCAAGGAGGCCGUGGACGACGCCGAGUCAUUAUACGAUGACUCAGACGACACGGCGUACGACUCGGACGUCAUGGAGGACAAUGCCAGCGACAUGCAGGAGUACAUGCGCAGCCUGCUAAGCGACCUGGGCAUGUUCCGCAGGAAGAUUGGAGAUGACAAGGAGCGCUGGGUUGUGGAGAAGGCGGCCUUGGCCAACAGACUGGGCGUCUAG